UUUUUUUUUUUUUUUUUUCCCCUGAGCGGGCCGGUGUUAAGCGCCGCGUCUCACAAUCGACAACAUCGUAUCCAGUCAAUGUCUUUGUCGACGCGAAGCGAGCGAUCACUCCGAUGGCUCCAACCGCUGCCCCCAGGGCGCCUUGAUUGGCCGCCAGAGCUUCAUUUGGCAACUCUGGAUUUAGAAGCCUUUGACGCCGUGUUUCGAUUUACACCAGACAAAAGCCCAGACGCCUGUCUUCUCUCGCGACCUUUGUCAAUCAUCUUGACCGCGUCCCACCUGCGCAGCGCUUGUUUGCCGCUGAGUCUGUCAGGCAUAUUGUCGCGAUAAUGACCAUGGGUCUGUUUGCCUUUAAAUAAUCUACUGCUCGCCUCUCUGUCGCUGUCUCGGGGCCUGCACCAAUCCUUUCUUCGUUACUAACACAUACAAUACGGCACUGGGUGUCUUUGGUUCAUUUUUUCAUUCCUCUUUCUAGUAAUUGUCUAUUAUCUGCCUGCAUUGCCCUACUUAAUACUCUACAGUUCAUUCGCUUCGUCUCUUCCUCUUUCCUCUCCUCCGCCUACUAGAUUUCUCGCCGUAGUCCUCGUCCCUGAAGCCCUCGAGCCUGGGUAAUCACACUCUUUCGUAUCAAGAGGAGACACGCCAUACGCGAAACAAAAUGCAGAUCAAGUCUUUCGUCUCCAAGGUUGGCAAGGGCGCCGCCACUAAGCAAGUCUACAUCUACGAGACCUGGCUGCGCUGGGCUGCUCGUGGUAUCCAGUUCAUCCUCGCCGUCAUCGUUUGCGGCCUGUACGGACGCCGCGUCGACAUCGAUCACAGGGCCGGGAACGCGCAGUCGGCAGCCUGGGUCUACGCCCUGGUCGUAGGAGGCUUCUCCUGCGUCACCUGUGUGUUCUACGGCAUUCCCAACCCCUUCACCCGCCUGCAGUCGCACCGACUCUUCGCCUGGGACCUCGUUCUCUUCAUUCUAUGGAUCGCCGUGUUCGGCACCUUUGCCGCCAUCUUCCUCAAGCGCGACGAUGACGAGUACGAGGGCACGAGCGUCAGCCUCAUGAAGUGCGCCGUCUGGCUCGACCUCGUCAACUGCAUCUUCUGGCUCGCCACCGGCGUCUACGGCUGCGUCCGCACUUUCGUCGGCCGCAAGGUCAACGACCGCGUCGAGCACUACCAGAACAAGGCCGAGGAAGGCCUCAACUCGAAAAUAGACCAAUUCACCACCUCGGCCGCCAGCAAGCUCGGCGGGAAGCUCAACCCCCUAAAGAAGGAGACGGUCUAAACGGCUCGUUAAUUGGGAGGAAGUGCACGAGCAGUAGGGAAGCGAUGUAAGAGGUUGUCGGCGUUUUAGACGAUGACACGAAUUUCAUUAUGCAUGCGUUUGGCGCAGUUAUCGGGAUUCAUAUCGGCGUUGAACAGCGAUACGGUAAUGGCAUGGUCUCAAGGCAGGUCCGCCAUAGGUCUCCGAUCUUAUAGACGAGUCCACAUUGUACAAAAUAGAAGAAAAUAUUCACGUUUGUUUUUGAUUCGCGCGUAGUUGGUGAGAACUCACUCUACUUCUAUCUCCAGAUUCUAGUUGUCAGGGUUUCUCGGGGUUUGUGCGGCUAUCGUUAAUACGUGUAUUCGUGAUGCAGACUAGAUUUCCCGUCCCACUUGAUUAUAGCCAGG